GGCUCUCGUCACUUGUUUUUGUUUCCUGGCUCCCCAGCUGCUCCGACCCUUCCCGCCCCUCUUUCUCUCUUUCUCCUGCUCUCCUCGGACCAUUCCAGUUCUCUCUUCUCCUCCCUGCGGUUGUGAGUGUGUUCUUGGGUGAGCGAUGUGUUGUUCGGUGGGUUUCGCCCGGUCUUUGGGUCUGGCCCUGCUGCCUCUGGCCCUCUGCUGUAUCAUGACCAACCUGCUGCUGCUGUUUCCCAUGGGAGAAACCAUCUACAUCAAGGAGGGUCGCCUGGCCAGCUACAUCUGGUACUUUGGUGGACUAGGAGGAGGGGGAGGGCUGAUGCUGAUUCCAGCUGUGGUCUUCAUCACUCUGGGGAAAUGUAGCUGCUGCUGGAAUGAGAGCUUAAUGAUGUGCGGGUCAGUGUUGGCAGCUGUGGUCGGCCUCGUGGGGUCUGGCUACUGUUUUGUCAUGUCAGGAUUUGCAUUGGUGCAGGGUCCGCAGUGCUACACCUCUUAUGGUUGGACGUACCCGUUUGCAGGCCAGGGGGGCAGGUAUCUUUUACAACCUGAGACUUGGUCGCGGUGUCUUCAGCCGGUCAACAUUGUAGAGUGGAACGUGACUCUGCUGUGUGUGUUACUGGGCCUGGCUGUGCUGGAGUUCAUCAUCUGUCUCUUACAGCUGGGAAGCGGCUUAGUUAACGCCGUCUGUCGGCCCUGUUGCUAUAAGCAAGAAUAUAGUCUUAAUGCUUAGAUUAACACACACGUGUGUAUAUAGACUCACCUACUGAGACACAAGUGCAUGUGCACAUAUAAGAAAAAAUCACACACUCAACAUUUAUGCACACAUGCGGAUUAAUGAACACGGAAGUCAUCACACAGCCUCAUUGUCUUUACUUAGACACACCUAGAGUACACAUACAGUGUCACCUGACUGCCACCUCAGUAUCAUCACUUUGUUUUAAGUUUUUAAUUUGACACUUGGUAAAGUAAAUUACUAAGCAUUCAUUGAUGAUGUUAAUGUGUGUGCAUCCAGAAUACUCAAUAGAAAUAUAAAAAGAGGAUGCAAUUGACUUAAAAUAGAUUAAGUAGAGCAUGUUUCACUUCAUGAAAUCUCUAUUCUUAAUGUAAAGGUUACCCCCUUUCUUUAUUAUUACUGACUGUAUACCUUUGUAUACAAUCCCAACAACUACACUACCAUUUUUAUUGCAUAAACAAUUCAAAUCAAUGUCAUUUACCGAGUAUAAUUAAGAUGACAGCCAUAUAUUUUUUGAUAUUGUUGGAAAUGACAUGAGCUCUUUGUCACUGUUGACAAUGUCCUUGCAAGAAGAGAUGCACAUUUCCAUGAUUUAGUUGUUUAUCAGCAUCUUGGCUGACAUGAUUAUCUUGAUGCACCAGAAAGUGUCUUUUCCAUCCAGUUUGAUUCUUGUGGUUCCAAGGUUUAUUCACUGUGUUGGAUCACGAGCAGAUUUAUGUGUGUAUGUGUGUGUUUGUACAUUUGUUUUAAUUUUCAGAGCAUUUUGUUGUAAAUGUUUUUUCUUUACCUCUUUCAGAUGCUAGAUCAGUGUUAACGGACAUUUUAUAUAAAUAUUUUAGUGACAUAUUUUUAUAAUGUAAUGUAAUGUAUAAUAUGUUUGUUUGUGCAGCCUUGAAUA